UACUGGGCUGAGCAGUAUCCAUUCGAAGAGAGAAUGAUAGAGAUUAACAAGUACCCGCAAUACAAGACUAAUAUCCAGGGUCUUGAUGUACACUUUGUAAGAGUUACGCCAGAGGUGCCCCUAGGUGUACGGGUCGUGCCAUUACUAGUACUUCAUGGCUGGCCUUCCAGUUUUCUAGACUUCUAUCCAAUGAUCCCUGUCCUGACUUCGGUCUCUCCAUACAGAGACUUUGCGAUUGAAGUGAUAGCAGCUAGUCUACCCGGGUUUGCUUUCUCUGAUGGUGCAAUUAGACCUGGUUUCGGUGUUGACAAAAUGGCGGUUGUUUUAAGAAACCUCAUGCAAAGACUUGGCUACAAGAAGUUUUACGUUCACGGCGCUGAUUGGGGCUCAGUUGUACUCAGUAAUAUGGCUACUUUCUUCCCAGAUGAAAUUUUAGGUUAUCACAGCAGUAUGCCAACAAAUGUGUCUCCGUUACAAUUAUUCGCAAGAAUUGUAGGCAAUUACUUCCCUUCUUUAGUCGUGAGACCAGAAGUUGCUGAUAGAAUGUAUCCUCUAUCGAAAUUCCUUAAUAAAAUUAUCUUAGAGUCAGGAUACUUCCAUCUUCAGGCAACGAAACCUGAUACAAUCGAUAUCGCAUUAACGGACUCACCAGCUGGUCUACUUGCGUAUUACUUCGAGAAGAUAUCAGUAGGUACCCGCGAACACUACCGCUACCGAUCUGACGGUGGGUUACAACUGCACUACACUAAAGAACAGUUAAUAGACAAUCUGAUGGUCUAUUGGAUAUCUAACUCUAUGGCCACUGCGGGAAGAAUAUACGCCGAGUCUUUCAGCCCGAGAUACUUCGGUCUUCGUAUGGACAGCAUUCCAUCAUCAGUUCCAGCUUGGAUAUUACAAGCUAAAUACGAGAUAUCUUACAUACCUCCGUGGUUGUACAAACUGAAAUUCCCUAAUCUUAUAAACGAGACAACUUUAGACACGGGAGGUCAUUUCCUAGCGUUGGAACUCCCUUUGGUAUUAGCAGAGGAUAUUAUGAAAGCUAUGGUUCAAUUCCGCUCGCAGUAUAAAGGACAUGAUGAAUUGUGAAUUAUUUCAUUUGAAAAAUAAACUAUUUGUGAUGUAGUUUUAAAAUAGAUUUUCUUUUAAAGGAAAUAAGGUUUUGUUUUCUGGAUCCUGUGGUUAUUUAUUGAUUCAA